UCUGCAUUCGAGCCUCUUUGAUCCAGACGAUGGUGCCUCAACUUUUGGCUCUUAUCCUCCCUUUGCUUCACUCAGAACCGGUACUGUCAAGCAUACUUUUCUGGAAUUUAGCAGAGAGUAAAUUUAGCUGCUGUUUCUUGUAAUCUUUGUUUCAGUGGAAGAGAGAGAGAAAAAAAAGUCCUUGGCACUCUCUGCUCGUUUCUCAACAAAGCUCGGCUUCACAUCCUGCAUGGGAGCUGCCCAGGAAAACCGCAGGCCAUUGAGUAACUCCUCUGUGUCGGAGAACUAGCUCAGGGGCAUCCGCUGAUCUCAGCCCAGCCACUUCGCUCUUAUCUAACCAGUUUUUCCAGAAGAAGCUGAGAAGUCUCUGCUUUGUCGGCUACUGACUGAAAACUCAAGACGUUUGGCUGCUGAUAAGAAAAUGAUGCUGGUUUCCAGUUCCUAUUGGCUCCCACAGACCGAGUGAAGGAAGCGAGAUGGGAGGGACGCAGGACUUAAAUUUUGACUGAGAGUCUCUGCUGGGAUGCAGAGCUGCAGCGAUGGCCCAGGUAAAGGCUGCAGGUGCAACACCACGGAGCCACCAGGACUUUGCAGAACUUUACUCUGACAUGGCUACAGUGAGCUCGAGCGCAGCAGAUAUAGGUGAGCCCGGGAGGAAAGCAGUGACGUCAGAGACCUCCAUGGCCGCCGGCAUCAGCAGGGGGGGCAAAGCCUACCCGUCUCCCGCUAGGAGGCGCCACCGCACCACCUUCAGCCACAAGCAGCUGGAACAGCUGGAGCUGGCUUUUCAGCAGAACCAGUACCCGGACAUCUACUGCAGGGAGGAGCUGGCGUGCGUCACCAAACUCAACGAGGCUCGCAUACAGGUGUGGUUCCAGAACAGAAGAGCCAAACAGCGCAAACAUGAGCGGGCUUCCCAGAAAGUCUUUCCGGUGGGCGUGAUGACGGGCCACAGGACGCUGAUGGCCGGCAUGCCUCGACAGUACUACCCACAGCCGUUGGCCCACAUCCCCCACCUGUCCUCCAUGCUGCCGCCCGGGCCGUAUUCCCGCCACCAAACCCAAAUCAGCCGCUUUCCGUGUCCCAGCAGCCCGCCACAGCCAGCGCCUCAGCGGCAGCACGACGACUGGUACGGCUCGCUGAGAACCAACCUCCCGUCACCCAUGUUCCCCCUGGGCUCCAUGCAGCCUCUGGAGACGGCCUCCCCCUGGAGCUAGGAAGGGAAGGGGAUACUACGGAGCUACAUUGGGGCCAUAAAGAUUGGGGGUUUUUUUGGAAAAAAAAAAAAAAAGAAAAAUUUGAAACUGAAAAUAAAAAGUUCUGAAACUUUGAAGCUGAAAAAGUUUCAAAAUCGGUGGGGGGGCGGUUAUCAUAAAUUUUGAAUGUUUGAAACUGAAGAGUAUGUGAAACUGAAAGAAUGUCCAAAACUAUUUGUCAAAUUCAAAGUUCUUUUCAGUUUCAUAUCUUGUUAUUCACUCAAAAAAGAUUUUCCAUUUCAAAUUAUUUUUGUUUCAGUUUCAAAAAUAAUUUCAGUUUGGAAAAAUAUAUUGAAAGGAAGAAAUAAUUGGCAACAGAAAAAUUAUUUUAAAACUGAAAAAAAAAAUUCAAAACUGAAUAGAACUGAAAACAAGGAUGUGAAGCUGGAACAAAUGUUAAUGAACAAAUGUUUUCAAGUUUCUAGUUUCAAAAUAAUUUUUCAAUUUCAAAUGUUUUUUUUUCUUUUGGAUAAAGUUUAUGGCCCCAAUUUUGCUCCGUCGUAGCCCACCUGUUGUACAUGUCAAUUCUUCCUAAAUAAAGCCAGUAUAAAAACUAUAAAUACAUCUUUAUUUGAAAGCAAGAUGUUCUGAUUCAUAAGGUCUAAAUGUCUGGGGAAGCCACUGCCCUCUAGUGAUCAUUUUGAGAUCUGCAUGAUCUAAAUUGUGGACAUUUUUCAUUUUUAUUUAAUUUUCUGUUAUUGAGUUGUCAGUUGAAUUUCAGCGUUCGCCAUGUGACAGUAAAUCUGACACUCCUCUGUGCAGAAGAAACAUUUUUUACACAAUCAUUGAUAUCCUACUAAGAAGUACAUAAAUAAUUUAAUUUCAACAUUUUUUGCUUAUUGUACAGCAGCAGCAGACUUAAGGUGAGAAGAUUGAUUUUGUUACAUUUAUCCCAAAAUAAAUAUAACAAACCUUUAUUUUCACUGAUCCCUCUAAGCCAAUUACACAUUAGAACUAGAAUUUAAAAUCAAAUUAUAAAACCUAUUAGUUACCCCCUUAAACUUUUUUUUGAUUA